CUGUGUUCCAGCCCCUCUGUGGGAGGAGAGAAGGGCAGGACCACAAGCCUGCAAGAGGCUGUGGCCUACAGCCGGGGAGAGGCCAGCCCGGCCUACAGUGCAGACACAGGACAGAGGGGAGCCAGGUUCUUUGCACUGACCAACACUGAGAGCAGACCCUCAGAGCAGCCGGAUCGGAAGUGUUUCACCUCAGUCACCAGACAGAUCCAGGAUAGGAUGGGCAGCCCAGUGCACCGAGUGUCAUUGGGGGAUACCUGGAGCAGGCAAAUGCACCCCGACAUGGAGAGCGAGAGGUAUAUGCAGUCCUUUGACGUGGAACGGCUCACCAACAUCCUUGAUGGAGGUGCCCAGAACACUGCUCUCCGGAGGAAAGUUGAGAGCAUCAUCCACAGUUACCCAGAGUUUAGCCGUAAGGACAAUUAUUUCAUGACCCAGAAUGAGCGUUAUAAGGCUGCCAUGCGGAGGGCAUUCCACAUCCGGUUGAUAGCACAGCGCCUGGGUUGGUUGGAAGAUGGUCGUGAAUUAGGCUAUGCUUACAGAGCCCUUUCUGGAGAUGUGGCCUUAAAUAUACACAGAGUCUUCCUGAAAGCCCUCAAGAGCCUGGGCUCAGAGGAACAGAUUGCCAAAUGGGACCCACUCUGCAAAAACAUCCAGAUCAUCGCAACAUAUGCACAGACAGAGUUGGGACAUGGGACAUAUCUUCAGGGCCUGGAGACUGAAGCCACCUAUGACGCAGCCACCCAGGAGUUUGUGAUACACAGCCCCACUCUGACUGCCACCAAAUGGUGGCCUGGAGACCUGGGACGGUCAGCCACCCAUGCCCUGGUCCAGGCCCAGCUGGUCUGCUCAGGAGCCCGGCGGGGCAUGCACGCUUUUAUUGUGCCAAUCCGGAGUCUUCGGGACCACACCCCACUGCCAGGAAUCAUCGUUGGGGACAUCGGGCCCAAGAUGGACUUUGAUCAAAUGGACAACGGCUUCCUGCGGCUGAACCAUGUGCGGGUCCCCAGGGAGAACAUGCUGAGUCGCUUUGCACAGGUCUUGCCAGAUGGCACAUACAUCAAACUCGGGACAGCACAGAGCAACUACCUUCCCAUGGUGGUGGUGCGGGUGGAGCUGCUAUUAGGGGAGGUCCUCCCUACACUGCAGAAGGCCUGUGUCAUCGCCAUGCGCUACUCGGUCAUCCGCCGCCAAUCCCAGCUCCGGCCCAGUGACCCAGAGGCAAAGGUCCUGGACUACCAGACGCAGCAGCAGAAACUCUUUCCUCAGCUGGCCAUCAGUUAUGCCUUCCAUUUCCUGGCAGUCAGCCUCUUGGAGUUCUUCCAGCACGCCUACACUGCCAUUCUGAACAGAGACUUCAGCUUGCUGCCUGAGCUCCACGCGCUGAGCACAGGCAUGAAGGCCAUGAUGUCGGAAUUCUGCACUCAGGGAGCUGAGAUGUGCCGCAGGGCCUGUGGCGGACACGGCUACUCAAAGCUGAGUGGCCUGCCAUCACUGGUCACCAAAUUGUCAGCCUCCUGCACCUAUGAGGGUGAGAACACAGUGCUCUACCUGCAGGUGGCCAGGUUUCUGGUGAAGAGCUACCUGCAGACUCAGAUGUCCCCUGGCUCCAUGCCACAGAGAUCUCUCCCUCCAUCUGUCGCGUAUCUCGCCACACCUGACCUGGCCAGGUGUCCAGCCCAGUUUUUUUAGGGCAGCCGAGCUUCCUCUGCCCAGGAAGCUCACGCCACAGCCUGGGCACACGUGGCACAGCAAGGUAAGCCAGUGCUAGCCUGGGCACACGUGGCAGCAAGACUGAUAAAGGACUCAGUGCACCAUUUACAGACCCUGACGCAAUCCGGAGCUGAUCAGCACGAGGCCUGGAACCAGACCACUGUCAUACACCUCCAGGCUGCUAAGGCGCACUGCUACUAUGUCACUGUGAAGGGUUUUACAGAAGCUCUGGAGAAACUAGAAAAUGAAUCAGCGAUUCAGCAGGUUCUCAAGCGCCUCUGUGACCUCCAUGCCAUACACGGAAUCUUGACUAACUCGGGUGACUUUCUCCAUGAUGCCUUCCUCUCUGGUGCCCAAGUGGACAUGGCAAGAGCAGCCUACCUGGACCUGCUCCGCCUGAUCCGGAAGGAUGCCAUCCUGUUAACUGAUGCUUUUGACUUCACCGAUGAGUGUUUAAAUUCAGCACUUGGCUGUUAUGAUGGAAAUGUUUAUGAACGCCUGUUCCAGUGGGCUCAGAAGUCACCAACCAAUACUCAGGAGAACCCUGCCUAUGAGGAAUAUAUAAGACCACUAUUACAAAGUUGGAGAUCCAAGCUAUGAAAUAACCAACAGUAUUCAGGAAGCAACAAGCACCAUCAUGUGAUAAUGGUACUAUGGCAUAUAUGCAACAUUAAAAUUUUAAAUUAGA